UUUAUUUCUUUUUCAAAAAGAAAAUCAAAUACAGUGAUGAACAGCAAACAAAGAAGAAAACAGAGGGCUGGCAGUUGAACACUGAAUUAAAGAAUGAAGUGGUACUUCGUAGCUGCGCUUCUCACUAUUCUCACCAGCUCUCAGGGAAUUUUAACGACAUUAUCUCAAACUAAUGGAAAAUAUUUGUACGAUUACGCAACUGUACCGUUUCUAGCUGAAUUUUUCAAGCUAGUGGUUUCUUGUAUACUCUUAUGGAGAGAGCGCCGAGUUUCGCCAGCUACUGUGAAGAUAACUACGGAGUGGGAGACUGUGCGAUUGUAUCCUAUUCCAUCAAUUAUCUAUCUGAUUCAUAACAAUGUUCAGUUUGCUACAUUGACUUAUGUUGAUACGUCUACGUAUCAGAUUAUGGGUAAUUUGAAGAUUGUUACGACUGGCAUUUUGUUCAGGUUGUUCCUGAGGAGAAAACUGUCUAAUCUGCAGUGGAUGGCAAUUGUUCUGUUAGCUGUUGGAACAACUACUAGUCAGGUUAAAGGCUGUGGUGAGGAGUCAUGUGAUUCUCUGUUUUCAGCUCCAAUCCAAGGUUAUCUGCUUGGUGUCCUAUCUGCUUGUCUCUCGGCUUUGGCAGGUGUAUACACAGAGUUUCUGAUGAAAAAGAACAAUGACAGCUUGUACUGGCAGAACAUACAAUUGUAUACAUUUGGUGUGAUAUUCAAUAUGGCGAGGCUUAUCCUGGAUGAUGUCCAAGGUGGAUUUGAGAAAGGACCUUGGUGGCAACGCCUUCUUGAUGGCUAUAGUAUUACUACGUGGUUGGUGGUUGUAAAUCUUGGAUCCACUGGUUUGCUAGUUUCAUGGUUGAUGAAAUAUGCUGACAAUAUUGUGAAGGUAUAUUCCACGUCGAUGGCAAUGUUGCUGACAAUGGUUUUAUCUAUAUACCUUUUUAGCUUCAAGCCUACGGUCCAGCUUUUCUUGGGUAUAAUCAUAUGUAUGAUGUCUCUGCACAUGUAUUUUGCCCCUCCAAGCAUGCUUUUGAAUUUGCCUACAACAGUCAGAACUCCAACCGAAAGCCUCAAAGAAGUUUCGAUUGAACGACAGACGGAAGCUAGAAGCUAAUUUAUUAGGCAGGUGCUAAAUCUAAAGCUGUCUAUGCAAGUUCAUUUUAACAGAAAUUAAUGCCACUGGCUCUUCAGUAGUUCUCUUCAGAAUUCGGAACCAACUUAAAGAACAUCCGGAUUCCUUUCCGGAACUAGGAAAUGAUUCGACGAAGCAUUUGGGUGGAAGUUGCAAGAGGAAUAACAUCAUUCCGGAAUAUUUCCACUAGUUUCUUUCCUAUUAUCUGGAGUGAGAGGCAAGAUUGCUUUUGAUAUUUUCUGGAAUAUACCCUCCAACACAAAAAGCUUGCUCAGGGACAUUGAUAGUGUGAUUAAUGAAGUAAAUUAUGAACAGGCUCUUUAUUCAAUCAACAGUGUUGGAUAACGAUUGUUUGUUUGUUUUUUCUCAAUUAUUUCAUACGGGAAGAAGUAAUAUCUUGAGCUUGAUUCAGUA